UGAAUCAUUUAAUGAAUCAUUCAGUGAAUCAGAUAAUAAACAACCUACUUCAACAACUUUAAAUACCAUGGCAUAUUUUUCAUAUGACAGACAAAAUUUUACUGAAGUAGAACCAUUUCAACAAAAUAAUCUCUAUAACAUUGAUUCAACAGCGGAUUAUACACCUACCAUAGAUUCUGGAAUGAAUAUGCCAUUAGGAAUUUCAGAAAACUUACUUCCCUAUUAUUCUUGA